GGUCCGUCGAGGAAAAAAGGAGGCCUUGCAUUGGCACCAUGAUUGGGAUAUAGAAAAGGACGCAUCACAAAAAGUGAUAUUAGGCAUUUGUGAUGGGCGUUAAGGUGGUGUGUGGGUCCAUCUCUGAAACACGAGAAUUCGAUAAUGGUUUCAGCCUGCAACUUCCAGGAUGUCUGCUCGCACUGUCCUCAGCGGUGUUAAGCAGUUGAUGAAUAAGCAGUGACUCGUUUUUGCGCCCGUUUCUUCAACACCUGUUGCCUGGUUACCAAGGCCUCAAAGAGUCAAGAUGAUGAUGUAUAAGCUUCUGGAUGAAGUUGAGCAGGAGUCUUUCAGUGCAGAUGAUUUUGUGGAAAGACUGGCUUGGAGGGCAAGUGGUGGAAAUCUUUCCACUAAGACAGACAAUGAAGACUUCAAUCCCCAGAUCAUCCAUGAUGCCUUUUCAUCUGCCAUCAGGCAGCUGACAGAUAUACAGAGGAAACAGCAAAGGGAGUGUGAUCAGUUGGAAGCUAAGCUGAAAGAUGAAGAGGCCAGAUAUGCCCAGAGAGUUCACAAGCUGAUGGAUAGAAACAAGGAUGAUUUCAGCAUCCUGCACCAGCUGGAUGAGAAGAUCAGUUUUGUGGCAACCAAGGUGGUGCACCUGGGCGACCAGUUGGAGAGCGUCAACACACCCCGCUCCCGCGACGAGCGUGCCCUCCAGCUCAUGCAGCACCUGAACCGGUUCAUUGACGCCGAGGCGCCCACCGACCCCCUCUUCGACGACGACGAACAGAUAUUCGAGGCUGCCGACGUGAUACAGAAGCUUUAUCUCAUAUCGCAGGAGCUGCCAUCGGGAAAGUUUGAGGGCGCCCGGACUCGGAUCGGCCAGAAGUACGACGGCGUCGAGCGGCGUCUGAUCGAGCGGUUCGUGGCGGCUCAGAAACGAGACGAUCGCGACGCCAUGAAAGAAGUGGCCUCUGUGCUGUCACAGUUCAAGGGCUACUCGCAGUGCGUGGACGCCUUCAUAGAGCAGAGCCAGCAGGGUGCGUUCGUCAGCCGCGACAUAUUCCGCGAGAUCGUGCCGGUAUGUGAAAGGAACGAGCCUAUCAUCCACUACGUGUUCCACAACCCAGCCCAGGUGAUGGGCCGCUUCGUGCUGAUCAUCUUCCACGGCCGGCUGCAGGAGCACCUGCACCAGACCCUGGCUGACCAGUCGAACCGGUGCCGCUACCUGGACCAGCUGUGCGACCUGUACUCGCGCACGCAGCACCUCACCAAACAGCUGGCCAAGUUCAACAUGGGACACGACAGCUCCUUUCUCAACAAGCUGGCCAAAAAACUCUUCCAGGAGUACAUCAGCAGCUACAUCAGCGUGGAGGUGAAGCAGCUGCGCCAGUGCUGCGCCGACACGCUGGACGAGUACUACACGUCGCAGGGUCACCAGAAGCGCCACCUGUACGGCGGGCUGGGGGAGCUGCGCAGAGAGGCGGCCGCCGUGCUCGGCACCAAGACCAGCAUCAACAUCGCAGCCGUCGACGACCACGGCGGCCGCACCUUCCUCUCGGAGGAGACCGCCAUCAACCUGCUGCAGGAGGCGAAGCGGGCGUUCAAGCGGUGCCAGGUGCUGUCGCGGCCGCAGGAGCUGGCUCAGAACGCGCUGCAGCUGUUUGACAUCCUCGCCAGCAGCCUGCUGGUGGAACACAUCGACUACGGCAUCGAGCUGGCGCUGCAGGCGGUGCCGGUGAACGAGCCGCGUGCGGAGCCGCAGCUCUACUUCUAUGACGUAGUGCGUCAGACCAACGGCGUGGUCCACCUGCUGGAGAAGCAGUACGCCGACUCGCUGCUGCCGCUGGUGGUCGGCUCCAGCUGCCAGGCGGAGGCGGCCUCGAGGAGGCGCGCGCUGCUGUCGGGUGUGCAGACCAAGCUGGACCUGGGCCUGGACCGUACGCUAUCGGCUGCCUGCGCCUGGGUGCGUGUCAUCCUGCAAACCGAACAGAAGAAGGCCGACUUCCGACCCGACACCGAGGAGGUGGUGCUGGCCUCGGCCACUCAGGCGUGCCGCAAGGUGGUUCGCUUCAUCAGCAGCCAGGCGGCGCGCAUCAAGGACUCGUGCGACGGCAAGAACGUGGACGCCGUGCUGACGGAACUCGGCGAACGGCUGCACCGCACCGUACUGGAGCAUCUGCUGCAGUUCCAGUACAACACCACAGGCGCGAUGGCUGCCAUCUGUGACGUGAACGAGUACCGCAAGUGCGUCGAGUCCUGGAGGAUCGCCUCCGUCACGGCCCUCUUCGAGACGCUGCACUCGCUCUGCAACCUGCUGCUGGUGCUGCCCGACAACCUGCGCCAGGUCUGCUCGCAAGGGUCGCUGGCUGGCUUGGAUCGCGCGGUCCUGAUGAACUUUAUCCAGCUACGCGCCGACUACAAGACCUCCAAGCUGGCGCUGCAGCUCCGCUGGUAGUGCUCGCCCCCCCCCCCCCCCCCGA